CUUGGCGUCUGAGCCAAUGAUUGUCACUAAACAAUAUGAGGAAGAAGGUGUAUUGUUUAUAACGUGUGGGCUCACCAUUCAUAAUAACAGCUUCAUACAAUCAGGAUGGCGAGCACAGUCUCCAAGGAAAUCUCCUAUGAAGAUCUGAAAGCUCUUAUGGGAAAGAGCCAGAAUCUCCUUCUGGUUGACGUCCGCAGUAAAGAGGAAGUGGAUAAAGGACGUAUUCCAGGAUCUGUUAACAUCCCACUUGAUACGGUAGAGGCAGCUCUUAAAAUGGAGCCAGAAGAAUUCAAGGCCAAGUAUGGAGUAACAAAGCCACCGUUGGAUACGCCAGAGCUGGUGUUUCACUGCCAGAUGGGCAGGAGAGGGGGAACGGCCACAAACAAAGCCCACGAACUUGGAUUCGUCAAGGCCCGUAAUUAUGCCGGAGCAUACAAGGAGUGGUCUGAGAAAGAGGGAAAGUGAUUCUUGUUGAAGGCAAAAGUCUCUUAUAUAUUUAUAUUGUUGAAGACCAAACCUCACAUAUAUUUAUACAAACAACAAAUGUGAAAACUAGACAAAAUAGAGAAACAUUUUUUGUGUUUUUGUUUAUCUUUUGAUACUGUUUUGUUUUCAUAUGCUGCGUUGUUGUAUUUAAAAUGUAUGAUUAAAUACAAAUAAAAUAAA